UCAGUACCACUGCCGCGCUCAUGCUACACAUAGUGAGGUGAACCGCCCAGAAUGAAGUGUUUGUGUACUCUCGUAGUGUUGACUGUUGUAGUGUCGUGCCAGGCGACCAGCAAGCCCCGGAGAGGGCGCGGGAGCAUGUGGUGGGGCAUCGCGAAGGCGGGCGAGCCCAACAACCUGGCGCCGAUGUCCCCGGGCGUGCUGUACAUGGACCCGGCGGUGCACGCCACGCUGCGCCGCAAGCAGCGCCGCCUGGCGCGCGAGAACCCCGGCGCGCUCGCCGCUGUGGCCAAGGGCGCCAGCAUGGCCGUGGCCGAGUGCCAGCACCAGUUCAAGAACCGACGCUGGAACUGCUCCACCAGAAACUUCCUCAGAGGGAAAAACCUGUUCGGCAAGAUCGUCGACAAAGGUUGCCGCGAGACGGCGUUCAUCUACGCCAUCACGAGCGCGGGCGUGACGCACGCGGUGGCGCGCGCGUGCGCCGAGGGCUCCAUCGAGUCGUGCUCGUGCGACUACUCGCACGUGGGGGCCGCGCCGCACCGCGCGCGCGCCGCCGCCGCCAGCAACGUGCGCGUGUGGAAGUGGGGCGGCUGCAGCGACAACAUCGGCUUCGGCUUCCGCUUCAGCCGCGAGUUCGUCGACACCGGCGAGCGCGGCAAGACCGUGCGCGAGAAGAUGAACCUGCACAACAACGAGGCCGGACGAGCGCACGUGCAGACGGAGAUGCGGCAGGAGUGCAAGUGCCACGGCAUGUCGGGCUCGUGCACGGUGAAGACGUGCUGGAUGCGGUUGCCGAGCUUCCGCUCCGUGGGCGACUCGCUGAAGGACCGGUUCGACGGCGCGUCGCGCGUGCAGGCGCGCGGCGGCGAGCUGGAGGCGCCGGCGCAGCGCAACGACGCCGCGCCGCGCCGCGAGCCGCGCCGCGACCGCUACCGCUUCCAGCUGCGCCCCUCCAACAAGGAGCACAAGGCGCCCGGGGUCAAGGACCUGGUGUACGUGGACCCGUCGCCCGGCUUCUGCGAGCGCAACCCGCGGCUCGGCAUCGCCGGCACGCACGGCCGCGCCUGCAACGACUCCAGCCUGGGCGUGGACGGCUGCGACCUCAUGUGCUGCGGCCGCGGCUACCGCACCGACACCAUGUUCGUGUACGAGCGCUGCAACUGCACCUUCCUGUGGUGCUGCGAGGUCAAGUGCAAGCGCUGCCACACGGAGAAGGUCGUGCACACGUGCUUAUAGACGCGCGCGGACGCUAGUGAUGUGUGAGUGACGGACACGGGGACUCGGCCGCGAGUGCGGGGCGUAGACUUGUACAUACAUCUCUCUCUUCGAUCUACGACUUCGAAACUGUAACUCAUAUUGACUUAUGUAAAUAGUUCUGUCUCACUGUUUAUUUCUUCUUUCCAUAAUUGAUCCGGCAUUAAAUUGAAAUAAGCGAUAGGUAUUUACAGUGUAUUAAUCACGGCCCACUCGAUCGUUUAAUUUAUUCGCCCGUUAAGUGCGAACAUGUGAUCUAGUAACGUUAGUUUUUGUGGACUCUGUCGUCGGGAAACUAAUGAGACCAGUUUAAUGACGAUUUGUUUCUGUCAGGCUGUCAUCCCUCGUUUAUAAUCGGAAUUGGUUUUAUUGGUUUUCUUACGCGGUCAGGUGUAUAAUUUAUUUAUUUUAGAUAUCGUUCUUAUUGUAAAUCAUUCGACUGUGCACGGUGGGACGCAUCGACUAGAGGGCCAGGCUCAUUAGUGUGAUGUGUGCGGCGGCGGCGGGCGCGCUAUUCUACAAGCGACCGUGCAUGCGCGCCACUUGUGUACAUUACCUAGAGAGGGUGUUGAAUCUGUGGUUCAAGAAACAGGUUCCCCGUUUAUAGUAGAAACAUGACGGUCGGCUUAGAGUCGUCGAGUGGACUAGAAUAGCGCGCCCACAGUUCGCGGUGGGCACUCAAUAUGGAAUAGCGACGGCCCAACACGGAGAGACCUUAUAAUGUGAGAAGCUAAAGCGUUUGACUUUAUAUGGUAUUUCUUAAUAUCAUUCCAAAGUUUAUAUUUCUGUACAAAAUUCACAAUUAAUUACGGCUGCAAUAAUCGUUUUGGUUCGUUAAAUAUUCUCUAUUUUAUAGUUCAUCGGGAGCAUCGCAUAACUGUUUUGAGAUUCAAGAGCGAAAUUAUCUUGUAAUUAUAAUUUAAUUUCAUAAUUAACGUCUUCGUUGGACUUUGUGGCUUCUGCCUCUCGCAUAGGGUCUCUACUCGGUCGCCGGGCCUCGCGGCCGCCAUCGGGCCUUAUCAACCCGUAAGUAGUGCCGUCGUAAAAGUGUCCCACAUUACGAGAUAAACGUUCUCGAGAAUUUUAAUUAAAUAUUAAAGGAAUUAAAUAAUCAGUAUUAUACAUAUACUAUUGUAGCGAGCGAGCUGCGCCGCGAGAUAGUGCUGCACGCAGCCUCAUACCUGUUACAUAUUUUAUACAUUUGCGCCAUGUUUAAUCUGUUAUUUUAUUGUAUUUAAAAGCAUGUUCGCUAUGCCACUUUUUUAUACAGUAUUUUUAUUAACGUAGAUAGAAUUUAGCAGACUGUUGAAUUGGAACUGACGGUAUUAAUAGACACGUAAAAUAGUAUUAACACAGACUGCAUUUAAUUUAAAAUAACAAUAGUUAAAAUCGACUAUAUGUAACAAUAGAAAGUAAUUUAACCAGAGCCGGUUUGAUACAUUUGACUUUAUGUGCUAUAUAUGAUGGUACAUUUUGGUACGACAAUUUUGAAACAUGACUUCCGAACUCGACAGUUUGCUUGUUACAGUAAAACAAGAAUAUAGCAAGUUAGAAUGAUAUUUCACAUGUGAUAUAAUGUAGGAUAUCCGCUUAGUGAUCUUAAAAUAGCGAGCCGAAACAUGUAAAGUAAAUUAAUCUCAUGUCAUGUAAAAAAGUGUUGUUUAUUAUUAUGAAUAGAAGAAACAACUUUUUUCGAAAAACCUGAAACACAAAGGGGCUACUACCAUAACUUUCACUAAUUAUGAUGCUCCACUAAUUCUGAAAUUCUGACGUUUCUUAAAGCCAUCCUUAAAGUUGAUAAGAGUUGUAGCAGUAGUAGUAGCCUCUUUUGGUACGAGUAUAAAUAAUCGAUCAAUAUUAGUGUAAUGUAUUCUAUAGAUAUUUAUUUUUUGUGACGAGUCUUAGGUAGUAUACAUUGUAAAGCAGUACUCAAAGGGUAUUUAAACAGUCAAUUAUAUUGUUUAGGUAUAAAAGGAGUAUCGAGCCUGUACAAGGCGCUGAAAUAUUAAGGAAGAACUGAACAAACAAUGUGCCACAAUAAAUUACAAGACUGAGGUAUUUUUAAAUGUUUUAGUUAUAAUUCUCCAUGACUAGGGAUACUUUAUUGCACCAUUUUUGGGUUAAAUUAUUAACAAAAUCAAUUGUGAUAAAAAGUAUUUUUUUAUUUUUAAAAUUUGGAUCGCCUGUGCCAUUUUUAACAUCUUUUAUCCCUGACUGUUUUAUUAUCAGUUUCAAAAUGUAACUUUUUAACCCGAUGAAAUUUGUCUCGAAUAAGUAUACAAAAUGUAAAAUUGAUUUUAUGCAUGUAAAUAUUUUAGGUAAAUAUGUCUCUUUAAAUUAUUUAUGUGAAUGUAGUUUUUAACCUUGUUAAUUGUAGUUCGUAUACAAUUAAAAUCAGCUGAAACUGAAUCUCGAAUCUUGUAUAUUAUGUACCUAAAUAUGUGAAAUUUAUUAUAUUUCGUCCAGUGACCAGUUGCGGUUGACAAAAUAUUAUUAUUAUAAUUAUCGAUUUGUACAUAGGCAGUACCUAU